AUGGCUAGCGCACUGCCUCAUACUGGGCGCAAGCCUGCCACUGUCCUGUCUGCCACCGAACUCAUUGGAAACACCCCCCUGGUCCGGCUCAACAAGGUACCGCAGUCGCUUGGCAUAGAAUGCCACGUCUACGCAAAGACCGAGCUGUUCAAUGCAGGUGGCAGUGUCAAGGACAGGAUUGCUUUGCGAAUGGUUGAGCAGGCCGAGAAGAGUGGUAGGAUAAAGCCGGGCGAUACUUUGAUUGAGCCCACCAGCGGCAACACCGGCAUCGGUCUGGCCCUCGUUGCUGCCAUCAAAGGCUACAAAACCAUCAUUACCAUGCCCGAAAAGAUGUCCGCUGAAAAAGUCUCUGUUCUUCGAGCCCUCGGCGCCACCAUCAUCCGUACUCCCACCCAAGCCGCCUGGGACUCCCCCGAAUCGCACAUCGGAGUCGCGCGCCGUCUUGAAAAGGAAAUACCCAACGCCCACAUCCUCGACCAGUAUGGCAAUCCCGACAACCCUUUGGCCCACGAGCACGGAACCGCUGAGGAGAUAUGGGAACAGACAGGUGGCAAGAUCACUGCUAUUGUUGCUGGUGCCGGCACUGGCGGCACCGUUACUGGCAUUGCCCGUGGCUUGAAGAGGCACAACCGGGACAUCAAGGUCAUUGCCGCCGAUCCCCAGGGUAGUAUUCUCGCUCUGCCGGAAUCUCUGAACCAGGAGCAUGUCAACGAGCCGUACAAGGUCGAGGGCAUCGGAUACGACUUCAUCCCAGAUGUGUUGGACCGUGAAAUUGUGGAUAAGUGGUACAAGACGGAUGAUGAGGAGUCCUUCGUACUUGCGAGACGCUUGAUAGCCGAAGAGGGCCUCCUCGUCGGUGGUUCAUCUGGAUCGGCCAUGGCUGCAAUGGUCCGGGCCGUCAGUGACUACGGCUUCAAGAAGGGGGAUGUUGUGGUUGUUGUGUUGCCCGACAGCAUCCGCAGCUACUUGUCCAAGUUUGCCGACGACGACUGGCUUGCCGCCAAUGGUCUCUUGACUACUGGCAGCGCCGAAUCUUCCCUCGCCAAAAACACCACCGGCGGCGAUGGUUCCGAUCCCUACGCCGGUGCCACCAUUGCCUCGCUCCGUCUGAAACCUGUGACUUCUGUCGUCGAUACUGCCCCAUGCUCCGAAGCUAUUGAGACUAUGCGUGACAAAGGCUUCGAUCAGCUCCCGGUGCUGUCUGCAUCGUCCAAGCUUGUCGGUCUCGUCACCCUCGGCAACUUACUGUCGUACAUCUCGCGUGGCCGUGCUACGCCCCAGAGCCCCGUCAAGGACGUCAUGUUCAAUUUCAGCCGUCUGGAUGAAAUCGUCACCGAUCCCCGACAGGGCGCUUCCGUGACCAAGACCUCGGGGCCCAAGCGAAAAUUUGUCGAAAUUACCCUGGAUACGCCACUGUCCACCCUCAGCAAGUUCUUUGAGUGGAACAGCGCGGCAGUCGUGACAGCACGCAGUGGUGACAAUGUGUCGUUGUCCAAGCCCAUUGGUGUCGUUACAAAGGUCGACUUGCUGACUUGGAUGGUCAGCAAGAAAUAA